GGGAAGAUACCACAUGCCGCGGAGCAACUAACCCAUGCGCCACAACUACUGAACCCGCGUGCCUAGAGCCAAUGCCCUGCAACAAGAGAAGCCACCGUAAUGAGAAGUCCGCGCAACACAAUGAAGAGUAGCCCCCACUCUUGCAACUAGAGAAAGUCCGUGUACAGCAACAAAGACCCAACACAGCCAAAAAAAACCAAAAAACAAAAAACUUUCUUGCUGAAAAAGGCUAAUAAUUGUCUGACAAUGCAGGGUUGCCACAAACCUUUGAUUUGUAAAAAAUGCAAUAUCUGUGAAGUGUAAUAAAGUGAAGUGCAAUUAAAUGAGGUAUGCCUAUAAUAAUUCCCAGUGUAGAUCACCAUUUUACAGGUGAGAAAACUUAUGAUCAAAGAAGUCAUUGAACCAGGGUUUUUGUUUUUAUUUUGUUUCUCUAUUUUGAAGACACCUAUUAUUUUGUGAAUCCAGCAUUCCUUUUUUUUCUGGAAACCGCUUCUCCCUUCCCCAUUCAUAUGGCUGUCAUGAGAACAGUCAUGGAAUGACUGGAUCCUAUCCUCUGGCCUCGGAGCCUUUUCCCACUAAGUUUGUGGACUGGGGAUUAUGAGUACAUUGGAUCAGAGUAUUUUUAUUUGUCUAAGGGUAACUUGUAAAGCUAAGGCAUUACUGGUGGCUGGUUUACCACCACAAAAGCUACAGAUGUUGGGAGAAGGCAGCCUGAGACAGAGAGACUGGGAAGUAGCUCCUGACUCCUGUUUCCUGCUCAAGCAUUCUGCAAGCCAUCCUGAUAAUAACUUCCCCUUCAGUUCCAGUUCGCUAUCAGUCACUUGCAACCCCCAAAAGUCCUAACCUCUAUUGACUGCUGGUCGUCUUAACCACAUCAAAGGGAGAUAAGGGAUUUGAGUUGAAAGUCACUGACAUGUGAGAGUUUCAUUCAAAGGCCAACUUAUACUAGACCCCCCAAGGAACUAGUUUAGUUUCUUCCUUCCUGAUCUCAAACACAUCUGAAAAAGAAAACUUAUGUAUUAAAAAUAACUACGUUAAGAGAAUGGACUUAAGGACACUGGGAGGGGAAAGGGUAAGCUGGGACGAAGUGAGAGAGUGGCAUGGACAUAUAUACACUACCAAACGUAAAAUAGAUAGCUAGUGGGAAGCAGCUGCAUAGCACAGGGAGAUCAGCUCGGUGCUUUGUGACCACCUAGAGGGAUGGGAUAGGGAGGGUGGGAGGGAGGGAGUCGCAAGAGGGAGGAGAUAUGGGGAUAUAUGUAUAUGUAAAACUGAUUCACUUUGUUACACAGCAGAAACUAACACACCAUUGUAAAGCAAUUAUACUCCAAUAAAUAUGUAAAAAAAAUAAAUAAAAAGGGUUUUGGGAGGCAUACCUGAUUAGGACAUACUACAGAAAUCAUCUUCAGGAAUAUUUUCCUGAAAGAAAGGUCCUUAAGGUUGUGAACAUCUAGAAAGAUGAGUUGUAUUGAUGCUGUCCUUCACUAGUUACCCAGGGAGCUUGUGAGUAACCAUUUGUUCCAUGGACAGUUGGUAGUCAAGAUAUUUUAUUAAUCUGAUUUCCAGUGUUAGGAUUUCACGUUACCACAAAAUCUAUUGAGCUUAGGGAGCCUUUCUGCAGGUGUUAUUAACCUCAUUUCGGACUGAAGAAAAUUUGGCAGGACAUCCUGAAAUAAAUCAGCAGCGCUGCAAAGAAAAAGAUCAGUAAGAAUUUCUCUCGUAGGCUAACUCCCUCUUUUACCAGAUACUGUGGGUUAUCUAAAUUAAUCCAAAUGAUGACUCUCCCCCACAGAAGAAGGAAAUUAAAACUUUAAAUCAACCAAAAAAAAUAAUAGCUAUGUUAAAAAAAAUAGUCAAAUUCAUUCAAACAGCAAGUCAUCUUGAAAGAAAUGGAAAACUAGUUGGGUUUUUUUUUAGUUUUUUUUAGUGCCAUUGUGGUGGGUCAUGUGACCCUUUAGUGAAAACUAGUUUUUGUUGGUGGUGGUUAAUUACAAUGGGCUAUAUUCAGUCAUCUUUAUUUCUUAAAGAACUCAAUCAUAUGUCCCAUUUCCAACAUACCACUCGGGAAAGGGAAAAGGAAGAUCUUCUAGAGCAGGUAUAGCUAAUGUUCUCUGUUCAAGUGAUUAACAAAAGAAAAAGUGUACUAUUAUAUGUAGGGAAUACUUAAGGGAAUCUUAAGACAGACCCUAGAGUAGAAAGAGAUUUGGGAUUACAUUGUCCCCUUUCUGCUUCAGACACCGCAGUGUGUAAGGCUUGGCAGACUCCACAAACUUGCACUUGGCUCUCAUAAUCACGUCAUAGGCCCUGUGGGUGACAACAAAGUCCCUCUUUAUGCUGCUUAGAAGUUGGCUAUGUGCACCUCUUCAGUCUCAGCAAAAUUUUAAAAUCCCACCACUGCCAUGUUCAUGGAUUGAAUAUGGCUCUGUAUCAUGUGGCCACCUUGACCUUCAGGCUUAACACAGUGACAAUUUGCUCUGGGGCUUUGUGAGAGGAAAAAUGUCUUACCUAAUGAAAAGGAUGUCUUAACCCUUCCUAACAAUAAUUUAAGAUCUAAAAUAUACUGAUCAGGGAUUGUAUUAACAUCAGCAUGGGAGAGGCUGUCUAGAAAAACAUGGAGAAAAACUAAAAUGUGUGCAGAGAAUGGAGGUGAACAUAGGAAUAAUUUCCAACCAGCAUGCUUGGGGACUCUGAGUUAACUCAGAACGUAUUUCAAAAUAAUCAAUUUGGUUAAACAAAUAUUAAGCUAAUUGUUUCAAUGACUAAAUUGGUCCAUGAAAAUAAUUUUUCUUCAGACAUAGACCUAGUUACUGUCCAGAAACUUUUUCUUCUGUCUAAUCCAAAUGGCUCUUCCAUUGCUCUCACCCAUUUUUUUUUUUUUUUCCCCGCGGUACGCGGGCCUCUCACUGUUGUGGCCUCUCCCAUUGCAGAGCACGGGCUCCGGACGCGCAGGCUCAGUGGCCAUGGCUCACGGGCCCAGCCGCUCCGUGGCAUGUGGGAUCUUCCCAGACCGGGGCACGAACCUGUGUCCCCUGCAUCGUCAGGCGGACUCUCAACCACUGCGCCACCAGGGAAGCCCGCUCUCACCCAUUUUUAAUACUUCGGCUCACAGAGAAUGGCUACCUUCUUCUCUUUGUCCUCCAACCCCAUCUUCUUGUUAUUCCCCUAUAGGUUCUAAUUUUCAUCCUUUAGUUACUCUUAUUUAAACAAAACAAAACAAAACAAAACACGGUUUCCACUGACUUAGUAGAUAUUUGCCAAACUGGUGAAAAUAACACAUGAAUAUCCCCACCUAGGAUUUGGUAGGAAUGAAAUUCUUUUUCUACCAUAGUUUGUGGAUUGUUUCGUAAAACAGGAUGUUACCCCUCUGUCAUCGUGUUUCCCCAGCUCUUUCUGGAGACAGGCCAGGCAUGUGUGCAGUUGAGGUUAAGCCAUUUUUUUUUCUAUUUUUUUUAUUCCUCUCAGGUUUCUUUAUACCCUCUCUAAGAUUCAGACAUCCAAAGAGUCCCAGGGUGGGGAGAAGGACAUAGUGGCCAGUGUUUAUGACAUUUGGGUGCCCUCUCCUCUCAUGCUGUCUGUGGUCUGAGGACUGUUUACAAAGUUGGACUAUGGUAGGAAGGCCUCCAGGUUAAACAAUUAAGAGGCAGCUCCUUCAGAGCUCAGAAUUGUCUUAAAUAUGAAAAUAUCAAGUUCUGACACCACUAGACAAAUGGCUGCUUCAUUCUGAGUAUUUAUAAACUAAAUAUAGAACUAUUUCCUUGAGUCAAAACCCUAUAUGAUGGUCUUAUUAUUUGGAUUAAUUUUUUUUUUUUUUUUUGGCGGCACGCGGGCCUCUCACUGCUGUGGCCUCUUCCGUUGCGGAGCACAGGCUCCGGACGCGCAGGCUCAGCAGCCGUGGCUCACGGGCCCAGCCGCUCCGUGGCAUGUGGGAUCUUCCCGGACCGGGGCACGAACCUGUGUCCCCUGCAUCGGCAGGCGGACUCUCAACCACUGCGCCACCAGGGAAGCCCUGGAAUAAUUUUAAUAGUAAAGAAAGCUAUGGGUAGUAACCAUGUUUUCUGUCAGGCAGAAGUAAAAACAUGAUUUUUUAUAGGAUGUGUAGUGGCCUUGCUCAGCACAGAGAUUGGAGAGGGGUGGGAAAACUGAAGGUGGAGAUCUUCAUAUUUCCCACAAUUUUGGACAUAAAGGAGAAGCAAUUCUCAUCUCAUCUAAUCAGCAAAGAUAAGGUUAACUUAUUCCUGCAUCUCUAAGUCAUUUGUUUAGCCCUGGAAAUUUGAUGAUGAGCCGUUUUAAUAAAGCUUCUCAGCAGGUCCUUCUACCAGAGUAUGAAAGUAAUCCAGGUAUUCGAAGGCAUGAAAUGGAAUGACUCCAUCUUUCAGUGGUUCAGAUGGAUGUUAAGGUCAUGGCCACGGUUAGCUGGCCCAGGAGUGUGUCCAUCCUAUAUAUAUUCAGGCUAUGUGACAGAGCUCGGCUGAAAUCCAGGAGUCCGUGGACUCCACAGUUAGCUUUCUAUUAAGGAAAAGCUUACAAGAAACUGGACCAGGACAAAGCAAAGACCAAGGGACAGAAAGCAAGCUUGAAUUACAUGAUUGCAAUAGUCUGCGAAAUCAGCUUCUCUUUGGAGCUGAAAAUGCCUCAAGUUUCUUCCUGAGAGGCAUGAGCAAUUGCAUGAAUACUAUAUUCUCUGACAAUUUCCAACAUGGCUCCAUUUAAGGUUAUGUGACAAGUCUGUAUGAUAAGGUUGUGUGUGUUUGGGUAUUUUAUGCCUGUGGGUAACACUGUCACUUGGCUUUGCAAAACCAAAAAUUCCCUGCAUGUCCAUGGGAGAGGAUAAUUCAGCAUGUGGCCGACCAAGUAAAAUGCCAUCCCUUAUUCUCUAUCCUUGCUUCAUUCUUUCUCUCACACUUUAAUUCACUAAGUUGUAAGUGUCUGAAAUCAUUCUCGGUGAAUAACGCUGGACCACUCGGAAAGUUUGCAGCUGAGAGCUGGACCCUCGUCAUCACCAAGCACUUUGUCACUGAGACAGAGUAACCCAUGGUUACUGAGCUCAGAUCAGUUAAGGGGCAGAGAGCCUCCCCUCCUCACUGCUCUAUAAAAGAGACCCGCAAAGGGACCCUACCAGCUUCUAGCUCUCAGCCUGGGGGAGCGCGUGGGAAGCAAAGCCCAGACCUGCGGAGCAGAAAGCACCAGCUGCAGAGGCAAGGCCGGCAUGGCUCCCACUUUCAAACUUCAGUGUCACUUCAUUCUGAUCUGCCUGAUGGCUCUAAGAGGGGAGAGCCGGUACCUGGAGGUGAGCGAUUACCCGGUUGACCCAUCACACCUUCCUGUGCUGCGGGAAGCUGUGGACUACGACCCUUUCCUACUCUUCAGCGCCAACCUGAAGCGGGAGCUGCCGGGGGAGCAGCUGUACCGCCGCGCUAUGCGGUGCCUGGACAUGCUGAGCCUCCAGGGCCAGUUCACCUUCACCGCCGACAGGCCGCAGCUGCACUGCGCCGCCUUCUUCAUCGCAGAGCCCGAGGAGUUUAUCACCAUCCACUACGAACUGGUCUCCAUCGACUGUGAGAGCGGGGACUUCCUGAAGGUAUUUGAUGGUUGGAUUCUCAAGGGGGAGAAGUUCCCCAGUUCCGAGGAUCACCCUCUCCCCAUGACUGAGCGGUACAUAGAUUUCUGUGAGAGUGGUCUUAGCAGAAGGAGCAUCAGAUCCUCCCAGAACGUGGCCAUGAUCUUCUUCCGGGUCCAUGAACCAGGAAAUGGCUUCACAUUAACCAUAAAGACAGAUCCUAACCUCUUUCCCUGCAAUGUCAUCUCCCAGACCCCAAAUGGAAGGUUUACUCUGGUCGUGCCACAUAAGCAUCGCAACUGCAGCUUCUCCAUCAUUUAUCCUGUGGUGAUCAAAAUAUCUGAUCUCACCCUGGGACACUUAAAUGGUCUGCAAUUAAAGAAGUCCUCAGCAGGUUGUGUGGGAAUAGGAGAUUUUGUGGAGCUGCUGGGAGGAACUGGACUCGACCCUUCCAAGAUGAUGCCUUUAGCUGAUCUCUGCUAUCCUUUUCACGGCCCUGCCCAGAUGAAAAUUGGCUGUGACAACACGGUGUUGCGCAUGGUCUCCAGCGGAAAACAUGUAAAUCGUGUGACUUUUGAAUACCGCCAGCUGGAACCAUACGAACUGGAAAACCCGAAUGGAAACAGUAUCCAGGAAUUCUGUUUGUCUACUCUUUGAAGAACCAAGCCAAUGAUUUCCAUGCUGCUAGCUAAGGGAGUUUUUAAUGGCCGUUAUAUAUGAUUUUGAUGAGCAGCUAGUUAAGAACCUUUCAUACAAAUCAGUAUUCCCAACCUUGAGCACAUAUCACACACACUAAUUUUUGUACCUUGCUUCUUUUUCAUUUGUAAGAUAUAAAUGACCACGUGGCAGAAAAUAAGCCCUCCCCCCGACCCCAGUAGAAAACCAGUUUCCAGUAAUUCUUUGAUAUGCUACCAACCUGAACUGGUAAGACGAGUGCAAAGAAAUGUGCAAUGAAAACUUGUAUCUCAAGGGAAAAUACUACAAAGAACUAAAAAUGUUAGUGCUCUUAUCAGUUUUAUGACAGAAAACGCAUGUCCGUGUGUACCAAAGUAGUUGCAUCUAUUUAUUUUCUGCUUAUUAUUCUGUUUACAGUAGAGAAUACUUGUAGCUAGUAUUAUUUAUUGAUUUGUAACAACUUGUUUUUAACAGACAUUUGUAGCAUGUAAAACACUUUGCAUCCGUAAAUCCGAACGUGAAUAAACAUAUUCAGAAUGUUGGCA